AUGUUAGACCAAAAUACCAUCUUGGAAGGUGUACAUAAGCAGUUCAAGCUGAUUGAAAGUACUCGGAGAAAGUGGGACGUUACAGUGCUGAGGUCUGACAAGAUUUUUACGGCUCUCACCUACAAUCUCAUGAGAGAGGCUGCGUCUGUUAAAUCUAGCUGCCAAAGUGAUGAGAUUUGGUCUCUGAAGCUGAUACCGCAAUGCAGCACUGCUUGCAAGGUUUACCUUGCUGGUGAUCCAAUCAGAGCAGCUCAUCUUGCAGCAGCUCGACGGAUUGAAGACGAUUUUGACUCAUUGCAGGAUCUUUUAUGGAACCUUCAAGAGUGUGUUGAGUCGGUAGAGAGGAUUGUUCAGCGGCUGGCUUCAUUGCACAAAUUAAAAGUGCCUCUGACUGAUGCGUCCAUCGUUCUGACCAGCCCGGUGACCUCACCCAGCCGGCGAAAGGUAAAACGCGGUAGUGGUAGAAAGAGUGAAGACGGGAGAACCCUGUUGACCGCGGAAUAUGUUCCGUGGUCGAUGGUGCUGGAGGAGGGAGAAGCACUGCUCCAUCGACUUCACGAGGAUUUGGCCUUCCGCAGAGGACUGGUUCGUGCUCUUGUUCCCACCAUUGGCAGUGUCAUAGCUGAAGGUUUUAGAGGGCCCGAUCGAGGCUCACCGCAGUGCCUCUGCUUUCUCUGGCGUGAGGCUCGCCAAAUCGUGAAGUGGGAACAUGUUCUUGAUUUGGUUGAGCAUAUUCAUGAGGUCGCCGCUACCUAG